AUGUCACUGAGUGAGAUUCAACGUGGUCAAUUGACAGGAAGGAUUUAUUCCUCGUCAAAAGGAUUUCACUAUGUAUCAUCGAAGUCGACAAAAGAUGGCAAUUACCAAAAGCAACAGACUUUGUACCAAUGGUUUUUAUCUAUUUUAAAAGAGAUUUUCCUACCAGCUGGAUAUCCAAAGUCAGUGUCCAGUGACUAUCUUGGCUAUCAAAUUUGGGAUACAGUUCAAGCAUUUGCCUCUUCUAUCACGAAUGCAUUAGCCUUCAGUGCUAUCUUAGAAGGAAUGGGUGUAGGAGAUGAGAAAGCAUCUGUUCUUUCAGCGACAUUCGUCUGGUUAGUUAAAGAUGGAGUCGGAAUGUUAGGUCGAAUUCUCUUCGCUUGGCUUCACGGCACUGGUCUCGACAGUAAUCUAAAAAUGUGGAGAUUCUAUGCGGAUAUUCUCAAUGAUCUAGCUACAUCGAUUGACUUACUAGCUCCAUUUUUCAAACAUUUACUUUUACCAAUAGCCUGUCUCUCUAAUCUAUGCCGUUCGAUUGUGGGUGUCGCGGGUGGAUCAACACGAGCGGCAUUAGCACAACAUCAAGCUAUCGCUCAUAACAUGGGUGAUGUUUCAGCAAAAGAUGGAUCUCAAGAAACACUUGUCAAUCUUUUGGCAUUAGUUGUGAAUAUAUUUCUAUUGCAUAUGGUCAAACGUGAUCAAUUUAUUGUUUGGUUUUUAUAUUUUGCAUUGACGACAUUGCAUUUGUUUGCGAAUUAUCGUGCAAUUCGAACGUUACAAUUACGAACAUUCAAUUGGAAUCGAUUUGUAUUAAUCUGCAAGAAUUAUUUUCCGAAGAAGGAAAUGCCAACAGUUGCUUACAUCAAUCGGCAUGAACCGAUUCUGAUGGAGGUUUGUCAAUCAUUGAAAUGCUAUGUUGGAAUGCGACUAAACGAAAAUGAAGUCAAAUCGAUGAAUAUCGAUCAAUUUCUUCGAUAUCAUUUCGCUAUUUCAUUCAAUCAAUCGUCCAAUCGCUUUGAUGUCGUGCUAACUGAUACUUGUAAUGAUCAAGACCUGAUCCAAUGUUAUUUUCUCCUUCAAUAUUUGAUUCACUCCACUCGUUUCGACGAAUUCUACAUCAUUCCAUCGAAUAUCUCUUGGAUCGAUCUAGAUCGAUUACAUACAGUGACGAAGAAUCUCUAUGAAGAUUUCCUUUCGAAAGCACAAGCAAUGGGUUGGGAUAUAACACAAGCAAAAUUUCUUGUGAACAGUUAUAGGUAUACUUCAAAACAGCACUAA